AUGUCUGAGCAGGAGAUGCUGGACAUAGCCUCCAAAUUUUCACCUUACAGGAGCCUCUUCAUGUGGUAUAUGUGGCGCAUUGCAGAUGUUGACGUUAGUGUGAUGCAAAAGUCGUGA